CCUCUCUCUAAAGAGGAAUUUUCAUUUUCCCUCUCUCGAUUCCCUCUUUCGACCGCCCUUUUAUUCCUCUCCCUUCCCUCUUUCGACCGCCCUUUUCUUCCUCUCCCUUCCCUCUUUCGAGCGCCAUCUUCAUCGCCCUUGAUCGCCCUUUUUGAAGCUCGUAUACAGAUCGUUCAUUCAGAAGCUCAUAUGCAGAUUUCAUGCUAAGGCAUAUGGAUCUAGAGGCAUCGUCAUUCGGCACAGAGCCGCUAGGGGAUGCAGCCCGUGAAGAUGCCAUAGACGGGUUGUCAUCUUCAUCGUCUAGGAAGACAGGUCCUACGCGAGGUCGAGAAUUAAAUGAGAAGACUUCAUUGAAGAGGGUCAUUACGACUAAUGAAUUUGGGCAACCGAAUGCAGGGGAUAUAAAUCAAGUUAUAUUCAAUUCAUGCAUUGGUGUUCUCACCCGCACCCACAUCCCGAUCACCUACACAGACUUUCGCCAGGUGCCUCCGGAGCACCUUCAGAGGGUCAUUGAAAGCUUGGAGUGUAGUUAUGAUUUUCAGAAUAACCAACAUGCAAUGACAACUUACGUUCGUGAACGCGUGAAUACCUCUUGGAGAAAUUACAAGAACCAGUUGCAUUUAAAGUAUGUUAAGGACAAGGAUCUUGCAACUGUGAAGUCAUCUCCAGCCCCUGUUGGUGUGCCUAUAGAGGAUUGGAUACUCUUUGUGGAUCAACGUAAUACAAAUGAAUUUAAGGAAUUAAGUGCAAGAAAUGCAUCCAAUCGGGCCAAACAAGUUGGCCCUUCUACACUUGGGCGGCGUAGCAUGGCUGUCAUACGCCAUCAGAUGGCAAUUGAGAGGAAUCUUACUAGUGAUGCCGAGGUUGGUAGGGCUGAUGUGUACAUCAGAGCCCAUACAACAAAGGAUGACAAAUUACAGUUUCCCGAAGCCUUUGAAAAAAUAAAGUCGAUUCAAAGUAGUAAUUCAACAUCUCAGAUGACCAAUGUAGAUGAUGCCCUUACACAGUCAAUUGGGAGUGAUAGUAGAGGGCGCAUGCGGGGUAUAGAUGGAAAUGUAGGCAAGAUUGCAUUGAGGAAGACAAUCCCUAUUAUAGAUAAGCUCAAUAUGGUGAUGCAGGAUCGAGAUAAUUUGAAGGAGGAAGUAGGUGAAAUGAAGAAAAGCCUAGUAGACCUCCAUAUGAAGGUUAAUUGUAUUGUAGAAAAGCAAGGGGAACAGGGGGUUGUGGAUCCACCAACAAUACCUCCAUUUAAAUCUAGUCGUGCCUUGUCGGUAUGUAUGUGUUUCUCUAUUAGAAAUUUAUGUUUAUGAUUAUAUGCACCUCCAUUUAAAAAUACUAAUGACAUGUUAUACUUAUACAUGUGGCCUGAUUUGAUACAUAUUGGCAAGAGAUGCGAUCUUUGCGAUUGGAAGAAACGGGUAGUUGCUCGUGGUGAGGUGCAUGAAGUUGAUUCAACUGUCCAUGUCCAUGGAGCAGAUCUAGGCGAAGGAAAUUUUAGAGUUGUCUUGAUCGAGAUUAAAGCUUCGCACGUAGAGUUGUGGAAGGAAGAUGGUUAUCAUCAUACACUUGGAGAGGUCGGCGUAGGAGGAUUUAUUAUUUGGCCCAAGCUAUUUCUAACCAUCUAUCCAUGAUGUUUAUAAUUAGACAUUACAAAAACUGAGACAAUUUACUUUUAUUUUCAAACUAUUUGGUAACAUAGACACUUAUCUGAAUAUUAUGGAAUGGAAUGUAUUUAACUCUCACAUCAGAUUACACACACAUAUAUGGAAUGGUA